AUCUUUUGUUACGACUGAAGCUACUAAAGGAUUUGUCAAUACUAGCCCAACAAGUUUUUGAUUCUAUUCUGAGGUUAAAGGAACUUAAACAUUGGGGAUUAUUUGAUGAUAUAUUUCUAGUUUAUCGGAAAAUACUAACGUUUGUUCAAAAACUAAUGUUCCUUGUCUGCAAUUCUUUCGUCAGUUCUUUUCUAAUUGAGAACAAAUCUACAAAUUCGACUUUUUCUUAGAGAAAUUCUCUUCUUUACGAUAAAUUCGACACCUAUAGAUGUUUAGAGUUUCGACCGAGUUCUCCAAGUGUCUGUGUUGGAUCGAGCCAACAGCUACUACCGUUAAAAAGAACAAGGAUCGUGUUCUCUAUUACUAGUGACAAGAGGUCGACUUCCUCUAGGAAACGACCCUAUCAAUUUAAAAAUAAUAAACUAUCUUUGGUAACAACUCAUUCACUUUUGAGAAUUAAUGAAGUCUCAACUUUAGGAACGGAGAUUCAACGAUAUCAAGAUCAAACUGUGAGUACACCUCAACGGACAAAGGAUCUACAACCCUUGCAGUGAACAACCCUAUAAAAUUUACCCUUUUCCAAGAUUUGAGAUUUCUAAGUUACUAAAAUGAGCCAUGAAACCAGAAAUGAUGAUCUUCAUUCACAAAAUGAUUCAUCUUCCAGUAAAAGUGAAGAUUUUCUUCCAUUAAUUUCAUCAGCAAAUGAUGAUGAGACUAGAUCUUUUGUAAAGAAUUUCCAAUUUUCUGCUUUAUUAAACAAUUCUGAAUCGCCUGUUUCAGUUAAAACCGGUAAAUGUCCAACUUCUGUAAAAAGUAUUAAGACUUCUGUUAAGCAUGAAUGUCCAACUUUCAUUAAGAAUUCUGAGAUUCCCAUUGUUGUUGAGAAAAAUAAUUGUUUAUCUUCUUUAACGAUUUCGGACGUUUCUGCUUCUGUUAAAAGUCAGAAGUGUUCAGUCUCUAAAGCCAUUUCCGAAGAUUCCGUUUCUUUUACAGAACAUGAAAGUCCAUCUUCUAUUAGUAUUAAGACAACGGGGGCUCUUAGCUCUAUCAACAGUAAUGAGAACACAACUUUAACAAGAAGCAGUGAAGUGUCACAAAUAAAAAAAGGUAAUACUUAUUUAGAUGCUUCGUCCUGCGGCGUAAGUGAGAUUAGACGAUAUAGUGCAGUCUGUUCACACAAAGGCAAUUUUGGUUAUAUCCUGAAGGGAAGUAGCCAACAGCGACCAUUAUUGUGGGAAUGUCCCAGGCCUAACGCAACUUGCAGAGAAAAUCGAGCAAAGAGAAAGACCUCGCGAUCCCGAUCCAUCGAAGCUUCUUGUCGACUUCUCCACGCUGAGUCUCCGCACCGGUUGCGGCAACGAUUCGCAAGUAUUCCAAAUGACUUUUCUAUGUUGCAUUCCAAUCUUCAAGACGAACGUAACUUUCUAAGAUUGCGAAACUUUUCCGUGUCAUCUAAGGGAAUUUUCAACCAUGGUGACACUUUCCGCUCUAGAGUUGACAGGAGCUUACCUUGCCAACUCUCAAAGUUGGCACAUUCGGUUACAGAUUCAUUUGAAAACAGUGGAUUUCCUGUUGCUGUUGUCGGAACAACAGAAGUUGGAAAAUCUUCACUAAUUUACCAGUUCACAACUUGUGAAAAUAUUUGCGAAUAUGAGAAUUCAGAGGAAGAAAGAUCUAAAACAGUUACAGUGGUGUUAAACCAAGAGGAAUCAAAACUGUUAUUUCUUGAAGAAUGUCUCCCUGAAGAUAAGGACCCAGUGAAUGAUAUGUCAAUCCAAACAUGUGACGCCCACGUGGUAGUUUAUUCUGUUGUGAGCAGGUUCAGUUUCCAAAAGGCCAGGAUGUACUUAGGUUCCUUAACAACCUUAUCUGAAACAGCUGACAAGGCUGUAAUCCUAGUGGGAAAUAAGACAGAUCUUGUUCGUCUGAGAAUCGUUUCUACUAAUGAAGGCAGAACAGUUGCAAAGGCUUAUGGUUGCAAGUUUAUCGAAACUUCAGCAGGCAUCAACCACAACGUAGACGAACUUCUGGUUGGAAUCCUGAGCCAAAUCAGACUAAAGCGCCAGUAUCAGGAACAACUAGCCAAGAAGCGAGAGUCGGUCACCUUUUCCAAAAGCUUAAAACAACAUCGACGUUCUUCUGUGAAUCCCAAGAAAAUCAUCAAACGAGUAUUUGAUAGAGCCAUCUGGCGAUCAAAAUCCUGCGAUAAUCUUCAUGUUUUAUAGUUAUGGUUCUUAAAUGGACUUAUAGUUAUGCUUAAUACAUUGAUAUGUUGGUGGUUUAGUGAGAAAAUAGUCUUGCCUUUAACGCUAUAAGGGAAUAGAAAACCAAUUCUUACAGUCGAUUCAACCAAUCUGGUCAAAAUAUAUAACCCAAAGAUCGUUCGCUGAUAUAGAAACGAAAUGUUACUUUAAUAAAUUUAAUCUUUGGAAUAAUUAUCCUCUUUCCUUGUUUUAGAACUUAUGAGUAGUGUUAAUCUCUAAUGAAAUAUUUCAGAGAAGAAAGAAACGUGUGCCUUUGGGAUUGUCUACAUGUCAAUGAUAAUAAAAGAAGUUUAUAAGGAAGUCUGUCGUACAGAUACAUUGCUUGCAUAAGAAUUUGUUUGUAAUUAAGCACAAAGCUACACAAUGGGCUAUCUGUGCUCUGCCCACCACGGAUAUC